AUAUGUAUCGGAAUAGUCGUCACUCCGACCUGCCCGACUUCCCGAAUGAUCUCCCCGAAAACCCGAAUUCUCCUCUGGUGGUAGUUCCGAUCCCGCGAUACCACUCGUCGAUGGCCUCCGAUGCGGGCUUUGGGAGGGCGGAAGGCACGGAGAGCAGCUUGAAGAAGAUCAAGCGGUUCCUGCUGCAGGUCCCGCUUCUCAAGCGAUCGGAAACGGUGCGGCUUCGGAUCACUUGUUGUUCGUCGUGAUUCCAGUUUCGCUUCCAUUGAUGUCAACAUCAUUUGCAUCUGAUUCCAACAACCAGCACAGCCCAGUUGGUGCUACGGGCUUACAGAGAGGGUCUGAGUAACUUCAAUUGGAAUGAUUCUACAUAAUUAAGAACAGUUGCUACUUUGGUUGCAGCUGCUAACUCAACUGUGAUGGAAGCAUCAGAAGAAACUGAAGCAGCAAUGAUGAUCUCCAUGAGAGCUGCUUUGGGCUUGGUGACUAAUAAUCCAAAUGAAGGUCAUCUUGAUGAUCUUACAAUUAUGAAGGUUGCAAAGCAACACAAAGCAGGCCUGUGAAGAAAGAUCUGAGUCUGCUCUGGUGCUGAUGACACUCUUCCGUUAACAAAGCAUGCUGACUCAUCGAAGGAUGAUGUCAGCGAAGCUUGCUUAAACGAUUCUGGAUUAGUCUCGGUUUCCAUAGACAGCGUGGUUCAGCUAGCAGAAGGUGGAGUGGAGAUCCAUUCAUUUGGAGAUGCUGAGUGGUGUGGCUUCCGAUCUACUGAUGCAAGGAUAGCUGAAUGUACGUGAAAUCUCCCUUGAAGCAGGAGGCAUCUUGGCCAUUUUUGUUGUUAAUCCAACAGUUGAUUGUCAUCAACUUGAGCUGCCAUUUUUGUUGUUAAUCCAACAGUUGAUGGUCAUCAACUUGGGGGGAUCACUUGGCGACCUUGAUGCUUAGACCAUUUUCAAUAAUUUUGUAAUGGUUUUGUGGGCAAUGCGUCAAUUAAUAUGAUUGAAUAAAGUUUGUACCGUGACAUGCCGAGGCAUCUGUUUGAAAACUCGACUCAAUUCGAGGGACAGUACCAGGAUAUCCAAAAGAACUGCCAGAAAAAGAUCAAUGAAGGCUUUUUUUUUAUCCAUUCAAGAUUUGGCUUGAUCAGACCAACCAUCUUAUUGGGAGUCAUUGUGGAACAACUCAGGAGAUGAUAUUAGAUGUGACAUGAAGACGGUAGUUUCUUCUUCAUAGAAGGAUUCUAGUUUAGCCUGCCCCAUGGGAGAGGUUAGAAACUGGAAUCAGAUUCUGCAGGGAGAUACAGAAUCCAAAGUUUCUCGGGGUUCUCUCACUUUUCUACCGUCUUUCAAAGGCAAGUGGAGAGAAAUUUUGUUGAACAUGAAGAAACACUCUCUCUUUUUCUUUAUCUCGAUUGAGGACUCACCAUAUGGAUCAGAAUUUAUGUCAUGUGGUAAAUUUUAUUGGGUGCUUUUCCAUGCACUUGUGAUCACAGAAGGAUCAUCGCAUGAAGUAUUUGUCACAGCACCACCUCAACAUCAAUGGUCCCAUCAGAAGACUAGGGCAAAUGUGGUUUUCAGUGUUCUAAGGUUGGUGUUAGAUGAGGCUCAUCAAUGUUAAUCCCAAGUUUAGUUUAGAUCAUGCUUCUAUCAGUGUCCCUGUGCCAUCAACCACCAUCAUAAUUGGCAUCCCCCCACUGCAGUGGAUCGGUGGAUGAAGUCGUAUAUAAGGAGGGAGAGGGUUCAAAGAUGAUGUCUUGACCAAGGCCACCUCCACCACCUUUUAGGCUCUCCGUCGUGGCCUCGCAGCCAUGAGAUGAGAACACUCAUUCAGAAGAAAGAGAAGGGAGGAGAGAAGAUAGUGAUGGAGGAGAUGGUGAACAAGAGGGAGGAGGAGGAUGAUGUGGUGCUUCCCGGAUUCCGAUUCCACCCCACCGACGAAGAGCUCGUCGGGUUUUAUCUCCGCCGGAAGGUGGAGAAGAAGACUCCCAGCAUCGAUAUCAUCAAAGAGAUGGACAUCUACAAGCAUGAUCCAUGGGAUCUACCAAGAGUCGUCACUGCCGGAGACGAGUCGUCCUACUUCUUCUGCCGUCGAGGGAGGAAGUACAGGAACAGCAUAAGGCCGAACCGGGUGACCGGGUCCGGUUUCUGGAAGGCCACCGGCAUCGAUAAGCCGAUCAACUCCUCAGGCGACUGCGUCGGCCUGAAGAAGUCGCUGGUGUACUACCGAGGGAGCGCCGGGAAGGGAACCAAGACAGACUGGAUGAUGCACGAGUUCCGCCUCCCCUCCGGUGACAGCAGCAUCGCCGACGACACCAGAAGCACGCAGGAAGCUGAGAUCUGGACCAUCUGCCGAAUCUUCAAGAGGAGCGCCUCCUACAGAAAGCAAUCGAGCAAAUGGAAGGCAUCAUCAACCCACAAGCGAGCUCCAGCUGACUCGAGCUGCGUAACCAGCAGCUUCGAGUGCGACAACGGAAGCGACUACAGGUGCUGCGCCUCCUCAGGCUACUCUUGCUCUCAGGAGCACAACCAGGUGCAUGGAUGGCAGUGCAACUCGAUCAGCCAACCUCCAUCGCUGUACUCCAACGUGGUUCAGAGUCCAAGCACGAAUGAGUUCUUCAGAGAUGGCGACUGCUGGGAUGAGCUUGGAACGAUGAUUGAGUUCAUGGCAGACCAAAGCCUCCCUAUGAGUGUGGAUACAGUUGGAGGGAUGUAUCAUGCAUAUUAACGCCAAUAACUAGAUAGAAUAAGGGAAUAAGAAACGGGAAGCCCGUCAGUGAUGUGACUGCUUCAUGCUUACACUUACCUUCGAUGUCCCAAACAAUAUGGACGGAAUAAAUUGGAAUGGUUGCUCGGUA